UGUACAUAUUUACAUACGUACACAUAUGGCAUGGGAGAGAAAAACUAAUGACGUGAAAUUCUCAUCGGAAAGUAGGAGGUGACAAGGAAAUACAACAGGUUAUUUUGGAAAGGGUUCUAAUAGCGAAGGAAGAAUUGAGAGUUAAUAGUCAUCAUUCAGAAAGGCAGCAGUAUCUGCAGGCAGCCAACUAGAAAAAACGCACCUCUUUUGGAGACAGGUGCUGUAGCUUUCUAUUUCUUCCUCUCAGCCAGAAGACACAUGCAUUUGAAACGCACUGAAUGUCCUACACAGAUUUACCCUACCAGCGGAUGUGUCUUUUUAAUAUCUCCAAUCAAAAAAAAUUAAUUUGAUUUUAAUUUUCUAUUGAGAUCUAUCUGGCUGGGGAAAUGGGUGAUUCUCUAAAAUGAGAAAGAAGGGAGAAGGAAGAGGACGCAGAAGCCUGAGAGCAAAGCAGCAGACCCUGGCCCCCAAUCCACCAGUCCGCGUGCACCCAGCUGGUGACCUCCCGUGGAGACCCCAGGAGGCCGCUCAAUAUUUAUUUGGUCUGCCCUUUGCUAGCGAUCGUCGGCGUGCAGACCUCGCCCGCGCUGCGUUUUAGCUCGGAGCUCGCUGGCUCGCUCGCCAGCACUCUUCUGCCGGGCGGCCGAGCGCCCCACCAUGCGCGGUUACCCGCGGUUCUCGCUGCUCUGUACGCUGCCCUGGCUCCUGGCAGCCGCGGCGCCCGGGCACGCAAGGCAACCCUACGAGCGGCACCAAGACCCUCGCGACCCUGCCAGGGGUGCAGAUUUCGACCGGGUCUACAGCGGAAUGGUGAACGUCAGCACUGAGAACAUCUACUCCUUCAACUACACCAGCCGGCCCGGCCAGGUGAAUGCCGUGAGGGUGUAUGUGAACAGUUCUUCAGAGAACCUGGAUUACCCAGUUCUUGUCGUGGUUCGCCAGCAGAAAGGGGUGCUGUCCUGGCAGGUUCCACUGCCCUUCCAAGGACUAUACCAGAGGAGUUAUAACUACCAGGAAGUGAGCCGCACCUUAUGUCCCUCCGAAGCAACCAAUGUAACAGGACCUCUGCAGCAACUGAUAUUUGUAGAUGUGGCGUCCAUGGCACCCCUGGGGGUCCAGUACAAACUGCUGGUUACCAAGAUCAAGCAUUUUCAGCUACAGACAAACGUUGCCUUUCGCUUUACUGCCAGCCCUUCUCAACCUCAGUAUUUUCUGUACAAAUUUCCUGAAGAUGUGGACUCCGUUAUCAUUAAAGUGGUAUCUGAGAUGACUUACCCAUGUUCUGUUGUCUCAGUCCAGAAUAUCAUGUGCCCAGUGUAUGAUCUUGACCAUAAUGUGGAAUUUAAUGGUGUUUACCAGUCCAUGACCAAGAAAGCUGCCAUCACACUCCAGAAGAAAGAUUUUCCUGGUGAGCAGUUCUUCGUGGUAUUUGUAAUAAAGCCUGAAGAUUAUGCAUGUGGAGGUUCAUUCUUUGUCCAAGAAAAGGAGAACCAGACCUGGAAUCUACAGAGAACAAAGAACCUUAAAGUUACUAUUGUUCCUUCUAUUAAAGAAUCCAUUUAUGUGAAGUCCAUUCUUCUCAGUUUCCUCAUCUUCUUCUCCUUCUACUUGGGAUGUCUCCUUGUUGCAUUUGUUCAUUAUAUGAGGUUUCAGAGAAAACCCAUCAAUGGAAGCUUUGGUUCUAAUGAUGGCUCUGGAAACAUGGUGGUGUCACAUCCCAUUGCUGCCAGCACCCCUGAAGGGAGCAAUUAUGGGGCAAUAGAUGAAUCAAGCUCUAGUCCUGGCAGGCAGAUGUCCUCUUCAGAUGGUGGGCAGGCAGGCCAGUCUGACACAGACAGCUCUGUGGAGGAAAGUGACUUUGACACCAUGCCAGAUAUUGAAAGUGAUAAAAAUGUCAUCCGGACCAAGAUGUUCCUUUACCUGUCAGAUCUGUCCAGGAAGGACCGAAGAAUUGUCAGCAAAAAAUACAAGAUUUAUUUUUGGAACAUCAUUACCAUUGCUGUGUUUUAUGCACUGCCAGUGAUCCAGUUGGUCAUCACCUACCAGACGGUGGUCAAUGUCACUGGUAACCAGGACAUCUGCUACUACAACUUUCUCUGUGCUCACCCCUUGGGUGUCCUCAGUGCUUUCAAUAACAUUCUCAGUAACCUGGGCCAUGUGCUCCUGGGUUUCCUCUUUCUGCUAAUCGUCCUGCGCCGGGAUAUCCUCCAUCGAAGAGCCCUGGAAGCUAAAGACAUCUUCGCUAUGGAGUACGGAAUUCCCAAACAUUUUGGUCUCUUCUACGCUAUGGGCAUUGCAUUGAUGAUGGAAGGAGUGCUCAGUGCUUGCUACCAUGUCUGCCCUAAUUACUCCAACUUCCAAUUUGACACUUCAUUCAUGUACAUGAUCGCUGGCCUCUGUAUGCUGAAGCUCUAUCAAACCCGCCACCCAGACAUCAACGCCAGCGCCUACUCAGCCUAUGCUUCCUUCGCAGUGGUCAUCACACUCACUGUCCUCGGAGUGGUGUUUGGAAAAAAUGAUAUGUGGUUCUGGGUCAUUUUCUCUGCAAUCCACAUUCUGGCUUCUCUGGCCCUCAGCACCCAGAUCUACUAUAUGGGCCGUUUCAAGAUAGUUGUCUCAUCAGCAGAUUGGGGAAUUUUCCGACGGGCCGCCAUGGUGUUCUACACAGACUGCAUCCAGCAGUGCAGCCGGCCUCUGUAUAUGGACAGAAUGGUAUUGCUCAUCGUGGGGAAUCUGGUCAACUGGUCCUUUGCCCUCUUUGGACUGAUGUAUCGACCCAGGGACUUUGCUUCCUACAUGCUGGGCAUCUUCAUCUGUAACCUGCUCCUCUACCUGGCCUUUUACAUCAUCAUGAAGCUCCGAAGCUCUGAGAAGGUCCUCCCGAUCCCGCUUUUCUGCAUCAUCGCCACCGCUGUGAUGUGGGCCGCUGCCCUGUAUUUUUUCUUCCAAAGUCUCAGCAGUUGGGAGGGAACCCCAGCAGAAUCCCGAGAGAAGAACCAGGAGUGUGUUCUGCUUGAUUUCUUUGAUGACCAUGACAUUUGGCACUUUUUUUCUGCUACUGCCAUGUUCUUCUCAUUCUUGGUUUUGUUAACCUUGGAUGAUGACCUGGAUGUAGCUCGGAGAGAUCAGAUCCCUGUCUUCUGAGCCUCCAAAAUUAAGACAGGAAGAGGGAAUGCUCAACCUUGGUGCUGUUUUAUGAAAAAAAUACAAUUACUUCAUCAGAAUAAGCACUACCAAGUGCUCUGUUCUCCCUCUGUCCAGGCAGUUUCUGUACAUUAUGGCAGAGAGGAGCAUCAAAUCUGCAAGAUACCAGGCAGAAGGGAAUGGCUGUGCAUAGGGGCAAGUUGUGAAGAGUCUAGAAGCACCCCUGUGCUUCUUUAUGAAACUUUGACUCCAACAAAAGCUGAAUCAAAAUCCAGUCACUAUUUUUGGGAUCCUUUCCUGCCCAGCUGAGAUUCGCUAGCGAUGGCAGAAGAAUGCUGCACUUGGCCCUCCAGCUGCUCCAGUGGCCAGUGAAACCAGCAGCUCAUAUUUCUCAGAAACAUUUGGAUGUCCUUCUUAGCACUCACAAAGCAUAAGCUUUGUGCUUGUGCCAAGAUGCAAUGAUGCAAUCCCUCAGCAUCUGGUAGAAGGUGGUCUCAAAAUUCCACCUGGGAGAGAAAACUGUAUGUUUCUCCAGACUUCUGAACCCCACCCCCAUUCAAAUCAUUCCAGACUGAGUUUUUACACACACACACACACACACCACACACACACACACACACACACACCUUCGAUCAAGGCUUGGGUGUUUGUUUGCCCAUUCCUCAGUAUCAUCAUCUUGUCUUUGUCUUUGUGUGUGUACCAUAGAACAGAGACGCUGUCUUCUCGGGAAGACAAGACAAUUACUCCACAUUCUAGUUUCAAUGUGGAAAAGAAAAAGAAAAAAAAAAAACAGGAAAGCUUUUUUAGAAGCAGGGGAAGCAAAGUGACUGACUCUGCAACAGGACCAGUGACAACAGCAGCAAGCAAAAUGGCGUACCUUUAAGUACUGGACCUCAUUUAAGCAUCUCAACUCUGUGCUCCCAUCAUUUCUAGGGAAGAAGAAAUAAGUGUUCUGACUGCUUUAGGAAUCUUCUGUGAUCAAACCCCCCCCCCCCCUUGUCUGUCACACUCUACGGACUAGAAACUCUAGACCUUCUCCCUGAUGUUCUCUAUAAGUAAAGCUUAGGGUAAGCACAUGUAUCCACCCACUCUAGUUGCAAAGAGCACAGCUGACUUAGGGUUGUUUAUUGGUUGCAUCUGGUUCUUAUUCUCUCCCCAGUCAGGUAUUGAAAAGUUUAUCCUCCCUUUUCAUUUUCACAUGGUUUGGUGGCUGUGCCCUGAAAAUCUCACUUUGACCAAGCAACUUUGUUACUGGAAAUAUGAUGUAGUCAGAAUAUAGACAAAUGAGCACACAGAUAUUUUCACCUGUGAAAUUGAAUCUCCUCUCAUCUCUAUUUUCCUCGUCAUUUAUUCGACAAAUGAAUCAGGUUUUUAUUUGCUUUACUUUUGUUUGUUUGUUUGUUUGUUUUUGGUUUUGUUUUUUUGCCGCCAGGGUUAUUGCUGGGGUCUGGUGCCUGCACUAUGAAUCUACUGCUCCUGGAAGCAGUUUUUUCCCCUUUUAUUGGAAUGGACAAAGAGUAAUUGAGAAAGGAGGGGGAGAUAGAGAGGAGAAAAGAAAGAUAGACACCUGCAGACCUGCUUCACCACCUGUGAAGCAACCACCCUGCAGGUGGGGAGCCAGGGCCUCGAACCAGGAUCCUUACAAUGGUCCUUGCGCUUCGCACUAUGUGUGCUUAACCAGGUGUGCUAUUGCCUGGACCCUAUUUGGUUUACUUUUAAUAUUAUUCUUUCUCUAAAAUAUUUGCGAAAGCAUGAGAUCCUUAUUUGGAUUGUUGUCAUACCUUGUACCAAAGUGACGCUCUAGUCCUCUCUGUGUUGCUCAUUAAUAAAUUAGUACCUACAAUUAUAGAAAAAUAUUUGAAUAAAGUUCAAAAAUAUGCUUCAAA